AUUGAACCGCUAAGUGCUUCCGGUGGUGCAAAGGUCGGCCCCGGCAAGAUGGCGGCCCCCUUGGAGCUCAGUUGCUGGGGAGGUGGCUGGGGGCUCCCAUCGGUGCACAGCGAGUCCCUGGUGGUGAUGGCUUACGCCAAAUUUUCUGGCGCACCCUUGAAAGUCAGUGUCGUAGAUAACACCUGGAGAGGUUCGAGAGGGGAUGUACCAAUUUUGACGACUGAAGACAACAUUGUUUCUCAGCCUGCAAAAAUAUUAAACUUUUUAAGGAAACAGAAAUAUAAUGCUGAUUAUGAACUCUCAGCAAAGCAGGGGGCAGAUACACUGGCUUACAUUGCUCUCCUCGAAGAGAAGCUUCUUCCUGCAGUGCUUCACACAUUCUGGGUUGAGAGUGACAAUUACUUUACUGUGACAAAGCCAUGGUUUGCUUCACGAAUUCCUUUUCCCUUGAGUUUGAUCCUGCCUGGAAGGAUGUCUAAGGGAGCACUGAAUAGAAUUAUCCUGACCAGAGGAGAGCCUCCCCUCUACCACCUCCGAGAAGUGGAAGCUCAGAUAUACAGAGAUGCCAAGGAGUGCCUAAAUCUUCUAUCAAACAGAUUGGGAACAUCUCAGUUUUUCUUUGGAGAUUCGCCAUCUACCUUGGAUGCCUAUGUGUUUGGUUUCCUUGCACCUCUUUAUAAAGUACGCUUUCCUAAAGUUCAGUUACAAGAACAUUUGAAACAGCUGUCCAACCUGUGCCGUUUUUGUGACGACAUCCUAAACAGUUAUUUUAGGCUUAGUGUUGGAGGCAUCUCUCCUGCUGGACAAGAAAUGGUAGACGCAAAUCUGCAGAAACUCACACAACUUGUAAAUAAGGAAUCCAACUUGAUUGAAAAGAUGGAUGACAAUCUUCGCCAAAGCCCUCAGCUUCCUCCUCGGAAACUGCCGACACUUAAAUUGACUCCAGCAGAAGAAGAAAGUAAUUCCUUACAACGACUAUCACCGUGACAGUCAUCAUGCUUUGUGUCCAAAGUCCUAUGAUUGUUGCUGUAAUGUCUUACACUACAUGUGUGAGAGCAAAAAGAAAAUACCACUAGUAGGUAUACGGAAGGCUCUAAAAAGAAACUUUCUAUGACAUCUAGUUUCUCUUAAUUAGGAAGCUUGUAUUUUAGCUUGGCAAUGCACUUUAGAUAACAUCAAAGUGAAUACUAAAUGAACUUGGGGAAAAAAGAAAACACACUGUACUGUACAUUUAAAAAAAACAAAAACCCUGCCUUAAUCUUGGCAGAUUUUUGCCUUUAGUUCACGCUGCUGACCAAAAGCUACAAUUCUGUUCUGAAUGUGCACUCCUAUUUAUUCCAAUUAAUUUAUUUAGUUUUCAUAGAACAGUUUGAAUGUCUAAUAUGUGGCUGUUUGAGGCUUUUUUCUUCUGUUUAGAAAUUUGAUGCCUAUUUUAGACGUUAGGAAAAAUGUAAUAUUCUCAUAUUCUAUUUACUUCAGUAGAAAAGCCUGUAUUUAAAAAGCAAUGGGGAAUGUGCUUUUUAAUUAUGCUCUCGGAAGUGUAAUCUUUUGGGUGAUUAGUACCAUGUAUAUAUAUAUGUAUGGUACUAUCCUAUGGUGUGUGUGUGUAUAUAUAUAUCUGAGAGAGAUAUAUAUAUUUCAAAGGUGGUCACAUAUAAUAUUCAUCUGACUAUAUGCACUUCUGUGUAACAUUUGUAUUUGCACAUGUGUUCGUUAUAAGGUUAGCAGGGACUCUUUAGUUUAUUGGACCAAUGGCAGCUUUAGACCUAUAUAUUUAUAGUCCAUUUUUAACUCUAGUCCUCUCUUUCUUGGAUUAAUUUCAGGAGAAUUGAGUGUGUUGGUCAUCAUUAUUACGCCAGGCUGUGAAGUCUUACUGAAGUUUGCCCAGUUGUCAGUCACUUCUUGGUUAGAUAAUGGAAUUACCUACUGUGUGCUUGGUCUGAGUUCACCAUGCUUGGACCAGUGUUCAGACCAGGGUUCUUUCCUGAGGAGCCUGUCAUGUAGUCAGAAGCUUUUAUGGCAACUUAUCUUUUUCCAUAUAGUUUAACUACAGUUGAAGGAUCUAAUGGAAUACUCAGAAAUAGCAGUAGUUUUUAAAGAAUAUUUUCUCUCUAUUCGUUGCUGAACUGUUAAAGGAUUUGCUAUGCAGGUGAUUUUGCUUAUAACAGAAUUUCACUUAUUUUAGUGGCUGGGGUGCUUCUGUUGUCCUGAAACCACUUCUGGGGUUUUUUAAAUAUAGAAUCAUGUUUUUGAUUAGUGUCUCAAAAGAUUACUAUGGUGCUCAGCAAAUCUUACCACGUCGUGCAGAAACCCCCAUGUUAAGAAAACAGCUUUGUAGUCAAGAGACUCACCUAAUUUGAGCUAAGUGGAGCUCAGCUGUGUUUGACCUAAAUCCUCCCAAUUUGUUCUGUAUUUAGGUAGCUGUGUAUACAGGAGUCUUUAAGUCAUUGUAAAUAUUUCUUCUUGAAAGUCUUUAUUAAAUGAGAAACAAGGUAGUCUUCAAAAUCUUGUUCAUCUGUUUGGAUGCAUUUAGGGAAAGUAGCUAAUGAGUUUCACAUUACUUCUGCAACAGGUUUGUAUGUUUUGUAUUAAUUUUCUACUAGAUUCCAGCAAUCCAAAAUCCCUGUGAAUAUUCCAUAUUGAAAAUCAUGACCAUAGGACUUUAUCGUUCUCUAGAUUGAUACAUAUUGGAGAAGGGUGGUUAACACAUUAAUCAGGCAUCUGUUUAUGCUUUAGUUAGGGUUGGUCAUUUUCAAUUAUGAUUUAUAGUAAGCCUUCCAGGAAGCACUUGAAGUGGCUUAAAAUUGUCACAGUCAUAAAACAGGACAAUUAAAAUUAGUUUGGGAAAAAUUAAAAAUAGGGAGAAAGAACUAUACCAACCCUAACAGAUUCUAAAAUCAAACAGUAAGUUUAACUCCCAAGUUUCUCCAUGGACACAAAUACUGGCUCAUGUAAAGUUUUCUGUCAAUGAAACUACUAAUAUCCAUGCUAAGAAAAAUGUGUUUAAAGUUCUAUAAGAAUGUGAAGAUUGUGUUCUUAUGACACAGCAUUCAGCCAAUAAGCAUACUGUAAUGUUUCACGUGUUGAAAGUUUAAUCAAAAGAUAGCAUUUUAGAAUAACAAGUAUUUGUCAUUUUUUAGUAGAAAAGACAACUGUAACUAUGAUUUAUUUUCUUUUGGUCAUUCCUGCUUCGAAUUGCCUCUAGCCUUUUUGGGAUAAGCCAACGAGAUACCAGGAAGCUAUAACUGAGCAUAAACCACUCCAGGGAUCAGCCAUACAUAUAGGUAGUAUAGGAAGCUUUUAGAAAGGAACAACUUUCCAGAUUGGGCAGAGAGCUUGUGAUCAGUCUAUGAGGAUAUGCUUUGGAUAAGUGUGAGUUUGCUGAGAUAAAUGGUCCACAGUGUUAAACAAAAAUACUGGGAGCAACUUUCUUUAGGAUGUGAUGGUUGAAUAUGACCAAAGGGACUAUAUUUGUGUUUAUAUUUGUUGGUAGUAUAGGAUUAGAAAAUCAGUCAGAUAAUUCCCAUAAGGUAAAGAUCCUCCAUCAACAGACUACCAUCACUUAUCCAUAAGGCUGGCCUCUUUUUUUUAAACACUGAAGACACUAAAGAGCACUGAGGAUAGUCAUCCCUUCACAGUAUUUUUUUUUCCCCCUGCAAAGGUCAGCACUGAGAUUUUCAACUUAGGUAUGUUUGUAUUAUUUGGGGGGGGAGGGCACUAGAGAAUUCAAGAUUUUUAUAAUCCAAAGCAUCUGGAUUCCCAUUUGUAAUUCCUAUUCAUUUAACAUUGCUAGAUAUAUUAACAUGAAGGAAUAAGGAAGCUUAUUUCAAUCACAGCUAAGGUACAACUUUCAGAAGUCUACAAAAAUGGAAAAAAACUAGACAUCAAAAGAGACAGAAAUUGGUAACAGUGAUAGAAUCUCAGAAAAGCAAUUUUUUAAGGUGCUUUCAUGUGAUAAAAGUGAUAUUUGAAGUCAGCGGUAUGUUUUCGUGGGGCCUCUUCCAAGAAUAUACAUUCACCAGACCUAUUAGAUUUUUUGAGUUUUCUAUAAACUAUCAAAAAUGUUAACCCUUUAAAAUCAAAUCAUAAAUACUUAAAGACAAGAAGCUGAGGGAUGGAUACAUAGUCUGUGUACUAUUUUUGCAACUUCUUGUGAGUCUAUAAUUAUUUCAAAAUAAAACGGUUUUAAACUGUAUGUUUAAUAAUGCAAACAUAGUAAUUAGUAUUCAGUUCCAGACAAAAACAUAAUAUAAAUUAAAUAUAAUUUAUUUCCCUCUUAAGUUUAAAGAAAGAAACACCUCAGGUUUGUAACGAAUGAUUAUCUAAAGAUCUGUGUUGCCUUAUCAGAAAAAAAACAACAACCUAAAACCUUUUCUGGUAAAAUAUUGUAUGAUUUUGUAUUUGUAAUAGAAUCUUCUUCCUAUGGUACCUGGGUUUACUUUUUAGGAUAAAAUAUGUUGAAAAAAAUUCUUCUGUGUCUUCAUGUGGUGGUAGUUCUUCACUUCACUGUGCUCUAAUUACACAAUGUGACGAGAUGUACACUAGGAUUAUGUGUUAAAGAAGAAAGUGCAGCAUGUGUAUGUUUUUUGUUCUAAGCUCAUAGGGAUUUAGUAAUUGACUUUGUCUUGGUUUGGUUAUUUAUAUAAUUGAAAUCCUGAGCAGAGCCACUAAGUAUAAUUUGGGUUAUUUUUUUUAAGAUUUUUUUUUUUAAGAUUUUAUUUAUUCAUAGAGACAGAGAAGGAGGGGCAGAGACACAGGCAGAGGGAGAAGCAGGCUCCAUAUAGGAAGCCCCAUGUGGGACUCCAUCCUGGGUCUCCAGGAUCACACCCUAGGCUGCAGGCGGCGCUAAACCGCUGUGCCACCGGGGCUGCCCUGUAAGUUUGGUUAUGGUCUUUUGUAUAUGUUGUUGGCAUUAAGAAUUAUCUCUUGCCUUUCUUUCUGUUCAGCUUUGUGGAAUUUACAUUUGCUUUUCAAUGUUUUUGUAGUUUUUAAAUAGAUUAUUAAGAAAUUUUUGUUAAUUACAUGAACUAAAGGUUUAUAAUCCUGUUACCCUCAAAGGUUUAACAGAAGUGUCAUUAGAUCUUCAGAAUGCACAUUUUCACAGAGAGUAAAGAUGAGGUUUUGGGCUUUUUUAAGGGCUUGCAAAAUAUUUUAGCCCCUGUUGGGAUGUAGUUAGUGUUUGCUAGGAAGAGCCCAAAAUCCUGUUGGGAGGUUAUAUUGGCUAGGAGCCCAGGUUACCAGCCCUCAAGUUAAAACCACUGUGAUUGAGGUGGAGAGGUAUUCUCAGAAUCAAAAAGCAUACAGAAAUUAUUUGUUCCAGAUGAGAGGCCAGUGGUUACUGAUGAGAGUUAACAUUCUUGAAUAACGAUAUAAGGAAGAGUAACUUCGAGCUGGACAUUUGUAGAGAGGGGAGUGUUGUGAUAGAAGCAUAUUCUAGCAAAACAAAGUAGAUUCCUUAAAAAAAAUUACAGGAGAACAAGUCUUUUUGUAUCCUGAUUAUUAUUAAUUUGAAAUUAUACUGUCAGAUUUUUUUUAAAACCAUCUUUUAGUUCCUUGGAGAAGAAGGUGUGUUUUGGCAGCUUAUAUUUUUAUGUGAAUAGAGGGUUCUGUGGCCAAAUAAGCUUGGGGAAUGCUUGGUUAGACAACGUUAAGUUACUCUAGGCUUUUCUGAACCUUUGUGUGGUUUCAGUCUCUGAGAAGGGACUGUAUUGUAUACACUAUUUCCCUGAUUUAUUGUAUAUGUUUUUUUUGUUUUGUUUUUGUUGUAUUUUUUGUUUAUUUUGUUUUUUUAAAGUAGGUAUCUUCUGGGAUUUGUAUUCUGAGACAUAUACUUAGGGAAAUGCUGCCGUGGAAUGUUUUUGCUUGUUUGUGCUAAUUGCAAAGGUUUCCUGUUGUUAGGUGCCCCUCUAAUGAGUGGUGCUAAAAAAUGAGAAGACAGGUUAGGGUUCCCUUGGACUGUGCAGUUGAGAGAGAGGUGGCUGUGGGUUAAAACAAAUUGGUUAUUUAGGCCCCUGUGAGGCCCCUGGCCAGGCAGUCCCAUUUCCCUAGAAUCCCAGUUGGCUUGGAACAGCUCUACAGGAAUAUGACCUGGUGGCUCCAGAGAACUAAGCAGUCCUUAGGCAUCUACGAGGCAGAGGGAACCAACUUGGAAUUCUAGAAUAAUUUUCCAAAUCAUUUUUGGCUGUGCUUUAAAAGUGCCAAAAAGGUGAUGAAAUCAAUAGCAUUAGAGUCACAUACAAGCUGCUUAUUUUAUACAUAUAUAAAUAUACAUACAUAUUUGUGUAUAUAUACACAGUGCUGUAGAAAGUUUACAGUUGCUUUAGUGACAAAGCAAAAGAAAUUUAAUAUUUUCAAGUUCUAUUCUAGUACUGAAGACAUGUUCUAAACAAGGAUUUUAUGUUCGUGUGUACAUUUUCUAGGAUGAGGGUGUACAGUUUUCACUAAAUUCUAGUGGUUACUAUAUCCUAGAAAAUUUAAACAUCACUAGCCCUCCAAAUUUCAGAGGAUUAAGUAUAUUUGAUUUCAUUUCAAAGUAUAAAACCGGAUCACUAUUCAGGCAUAAGGGUGCUCUUUGUUUCUUCUCUACAUUGUGUACGGUUGUGUAUUUGGAACUUUGCACUUUGGAUAUAUAUUUGAUAGAAAGCUUGCCUUUGGUUUUUGAGUUGUAUAAUAUUUAGCCAUAAGAAAAGCAGUUGGAUCUUUAUUCUGAUUCUUUAGUUUUCCUUGUGCAAAUUCAGAGAAAUGCCUUUUAAUCAUUUACUCUAUGUAUCCCAGAUUCUUGGAAAUCAAGAAAAAUGACUAGAGUUUGCAUCAGUCCUCGGCAAGUCAUGCACCACAGAGACAGUUGUGCUGGUCACUUGUUCUUUGGGCUGUUGGCUACUUCUCUUGCAAUCCUGUGUGUGUUUCUUGGAGAAGGAAGGCUAUACCCAGGCUUUUAUGUUAAAUGCAUAAAGAUGAGCUUUAUUCCUCUUCUGACUCGAUGUUUUAUUUUGUAUAAUAAGAAAUAACAUGUUUCCAUUUUUCUAUUCAUCUUGAAAUGGAAAUUUGAGGUGUUUGUAAUGUAACUGUAGCUUUCUAGAAGAUUGACAGAAAAGAAGAUUCAAAAAUCUAUGUGUACACGUAUUGGUUUUGUUCUACCAAACCUAUCUUUGGUAAAUAUUUUAAAUAUCUGUACCAGUGUACAAAUACUAUAGUUUUAUUGUAAAGUAAACAUCUUUAAGCCAUGUUGGUCGUAAUUUAAAUAUUCUAAUCAUGCCUAGUGUGAAUAUAUUUUACUCAGAGACUAUAUAUAAAUACCCAGAAGUGAUAAUGAUGAUCAAUGUUGUAAAGAAUUUAUUCUGAUAAGUGAGAAACUGGAUAUAAUAUCAAAAUAGCUAUUUUCACAAUAAAAUCUCAAAUUGCCUGAAUGUU